AUGGCAAGUGGUGUAAAGCGAUCUUUAUUCACCAAGCCGGCCUGGGCUGCCGCUGCGCCCGCCGGGUCGGAAAAGCCCUCUAUGGGCGACGACACGGUCUUCGGACGCAACACGGUCUACGAGGACAUCCUCAUGGCGGAACAGAAAAGGCAAGAGAGGAGGCAGGAAAAGGCAAGAGAACGCGCCCUGAGGAGGAAAGACGAAGGCAGAGACUCGAAGAGGAGGCGCGUCUCUACGGAGCAGGAGGCCGUGGCCGACGACACGGAUAUUCUCAGUGAUUCGGACAACCUCGAAACCUCCUCGAGCUGCGCCAGCGAGAAGCCUCAGUCGCCGAUAGUCGAGGAUCAUCCAGUGACGAGAAGUACCCCAAACAAGGACAAACGCCUGCAGAUAGGCCUAGAUGAGGUCGAGGGGUCGUUGAAGUCCUCACGGCGGCGUGAUCUAGCCACAAAGAAGAAAGAUAAGGAGAAGACCCUGGUUGAUAUUAGCAGUGAUGGCCAAGCAGAGGACGACGAGCUGAUUAUGCUCACUCCAGCGAAGUCGAAGGCGAGACGAACCUCCUUGUCUAAACUCAAAGCACAGUUGGACGACUACGAGUCUGAAGAAGAGGACGAAUUCCUACAAGAGCUCAAACAAAAGGCACGAGAAAAGGCACGGCUGCAAAAACUAGGCCUGUCAGAUAGGGACAGGCCAUCGGCCCUUCCUGCAACCACGGCCACCUUACCGAAAUCUGCAUUGACGGCGCCUGUGCCCCCACGAGCCUCGUCAGCCGAGCAAAACCGUCCUAGGUCAUCCAAUUCAAAUGCGGACCUACAGAAUGAGACGUCUGUUUCGCGAAAGCAAAGAGGGAAGGAGAAGGCCGAUGACCCCGAAGUCAAAAUCCUCAUCACCUCAACCAUCCCCGACACGAACGCUCUGAUCGUCAAGCGGAAAGCCUCACAGCCACUUAGGCAGGUGAGAGAGUUCUGGUGCCAGCGAAACAAUCUCGAUGCAAAGACAACAGCACAGAUAUUCUUCACCUGGAGAGGGACGAGGCUGUUCGACUCCACGACCAUGCGAGGGCCGAUUCAGAAAUUGAAAAACGACCACGCAGCAAAGCAGAGGAUGGUUUAUGACGACUACAACGUUGAUGAUGAUGAUGAUGAACACGACGGCGACUCAGAUGUAGAGCGGAACGUCGAAGACCCGAGUCAAGGCCGUAUCACGCUAGAAGCUAUGACGCAGGAGAUAUUCGAUGAACGGCAGCUCGAGAAGGAACGAAAGGCGCUGGCGUCUGGAGAUCAAGAUGGGCAUGAAAACGAGAAUGAGAGCGACGAUGCAUAUUACAAAGAGCAAGAAGCGACGCGGGAGCAGGCGCAGAGGGAGGCCGAGGAGAAAAUGAAAGGGACGAUCGUCGUACGCCUCGUCAGCCAGACCAUGGACGCAAUGAACCUGCGCGUUCGGCCCCAUACAUCGGUAGGCAAGAUGAUGCAGGGAUUUGCGGCGACAAAGAGGCUGGAGGAAGGGAAGACCGCUUGGCUGAUUUUUGAUGGGGAGAGAUUGGAACCACAAAGUACCGUUGAGGAUCUUGGCCUGGAAGAUGAAGAUGAGAUUGAGGUACAUAUCCGUUGA